AUGACCACGUCACCGAACGCAUGCCAGGACCAACCACCUCAACAUUCCGCACCCCAAGCUCACGAAGCUGAGUGUACAACUCACAAACUCUCUGCAGAGGAAACAAUGGAUGCUCGUCCUGUACACCCUGACGCAAGGGCCUUGUUCCGAAAGCUGCCAUGCGUGUGGAGCAUUCCCGUACUCGGCACUGCUGUGGAAGCGUUCGGACCGAAGUUUGUUUUCGCCCUUGGUUUCUGCGAGCUCUUCGGCAAAGGAAUUGCUGACAACAUCAUUCGAUCCUCACUUUUUCCAAUGUUUACCUACACCUUUGGUGCUGAUGCAAAGCUUUACCAACUGAUGGGUGGUAUGUCGUCGUUGGGUUACGCAGUGAAGCCGUUUGCAGCUAUGUUCAGUGACCUCUUUGCGUUAUUUGGGUACACGAAGCGAUGGUACCUCGCUCUAUCCUGUGUGGUGGGUUCCACCCUCGCUAUUGUGUACGGUUCACUGCCCGGAGAGUUGUCGUAUGUACCGGUGGCUGGCUUCCUUGUUUUUGUCAUUACCUUCACAGUUGCUAACCUUGAUAUCCUCACACAAGGGCAUUACAGUCGCUUGAUUCGCCGCGUCCCAUUGGCGGGCCCAUCGCUUGUGAGUUGGGUUUGGUGGUGCCUUUUGGUUGGCUCCCUUGUUGCGUCCUCCAUUGUAGGACCACUUACCGAUAAGAGGUUGCAGCGAGUGGCUGUGUUUAUCUCUGCUGGGAUGCAGUUGGUGCCGACGAUAUUCUUCAUACUGAAUUGGUAUGGUGAACGGAAGAACCGAGAGGAACGUGCGUACGACCUGAAGAUUAUUCGCGAAAAGAAGCUGGAGCAUGAAGCCGACGCCGUGAGGUUACAGGGGAGCGAAGCAACAAGUGGCUCACUGGACAAUCCAUCGGAUACCGAGGAAGUGGGUGAGGGCGGAGCACGGAUACUACCUUGUUGCUGUGGUGCCUUUGAAGUGAAUCGAGAAGUGUUUGCUCGCAACAAGAAGGUUGUGUUUUACUGCAUGCUUCUCACACUUGGCGCCAUCGGUAUGGUUCUCGUGACAGUCCUUGGCACAAGGUUGCAGCUGCUAAUAACCAGUGUUGUGGCGUCAUUUACACUCUGUGGACUCGGUUUCGUUGCCCUUCCACUUGUGAUCGCGAAGGCAAAUAUGUUCACAUUCAUCUCGAGGGUCACGUACAUCCAACUUCGUGGCGCAAUGGACAAUGUCUUCAUGGCGACCCCCGAUUGUUUCCCUGGUGGUCCUAACUUUUCAUACUUUUACUACAACACUGUGGGUAACGUGAUUGGGACUAUGGGUGGUGUUAUUGGUGUGACGUUAUUCAGAUACGUAUUCUCAAAGCGCAGCUAUCGCCUAACAUUCAUCGUAACAACUUUGAUUGAGAUAGUUUCGAGUAUCUUUGAUAUAAUCAUUGUGGAGCGAUGGAACCGUCCGUAUGUUAGCGAUCACGUUGUAUUCGUUCUUGGUGACCAAAUUAUACAGCAGGUGUGCUACAUGAUGCACUUCAUGCCAACUGUAAUGCUCAUUUCGAGGCUCUGUCCCCGUGGGUCUGAAAGUAUGGUGUAUGCGGUACUUGCAGGAUGUGCGCAUUUUGGCCGUUCCGUUUCCAACACACUUGGAUGGCUUUUGAUGGAAUACGUAUGGAAUGUGCAAUCAGACAUUACGGUGGGUCCAUGCGACUUCAGUAAUGUGAAGUGGCUUCUACUUCUUGGUCACUUUGGCACUCCACUCAUCAGCAUUCCUCUUGUGUUUUUACUGAUACCUGCGGCACGUAUAUGUGAUGUUCUUGACGAAAACGGCAAAGCUAUUACAAAGAAGGCGGAGGAUGUUCAUGCCCCCUCUAAUGAUUCUCCCAGACGGCGGGAACCCACAGCCAAUUAG